AUGGCAUCCUCAAUGUCCCCAGAAGAGUCGGUGACAUUGAUCAAGGCCAAUCUGGCUGAGGUGCUGAACCCCGAAAUUAUCGACAGAAUUGUCCUGCAGGAGAAACGCCCGCUCAAGGUCUACUGGGGCACCGCGACCACUGGCCGGCCCCAUUGCGGAUACUUUGUGCCAUGUAUGAAGAUCGCAGAGCUGCUCGCAGCAGGAUGCCACGUCAAGGUCCUUCUCGCAGACAUCCACGGCUACCUGGACAACAUGAAGGCGCCCCUCGAGCUCGUCGAAUACCGCGCGAAGUAUUACGAGAGGGUCAUCAAGGCGCUGCUGAAGGCCGUGGGCGUUGAUCUGGCGCGGCUGGAGUUCGUGCUGGGCAGCUCGUACCAGCUGAACAAAGAAUACACGAUGGAUCGGUUCAAGCUGGAGGGGAUCACACGGGUCAAUGUUGCGCAGAAGGCGGGCGCGGAGGUUGUGAAGCAGACAGACGACCCGACGUUGGGAGGCUUGAUCUAUCCGCUCAUGCAGGCGCUGGAUGAGCAGUACCUAGAUGUCGACGCUCAGUUUGGCGGUGUUGAUCAACGGAAGAUCUUCACUUUCGCGAUGGAGAACCUCCCGAAAAUUGGGUACGGCGUGCGGGCACAUUUGAUGAACUCGAUGGUACCAGGCUUGGGCGAGGCGGCGAAGAUGAGCGCGAGUGACCCGGACUCGAAGAUUGAUCUGUUGGAUGACCCAGCGGCUGUUGAGAAGAAGCUGAAGAAGGCAAAGUGCGUGCCAAAAGUGACGGAGGGCAAUGGGGUUAUCGCGUUUGUAGAGCAUGUCAUUUUCCGGGCACUGGCAUUGAAAGACCCCAAUCUAGCAUUCACGGUGGAAAGGCGCGAUGCCGAGCCGCUGCUCUACACAUCGGUGGACAAGAUGAAGGAGGAUUACACUGCUGAUAUCCUCACACCCCAACUCCUGAAAGCUGCCCUCACAAUCCACCUCAACACCAUCCUAGCCCCGAUCGUUGCCGAGUAUCAAGCAUCUGAAGAAUGGCAGGAGAUUCAACUGAAAGCCUACCCACCCGAGAAGGCCCCAGUCAAGGUAAAGAAAGUGAAAGAUAAGGGAGACCCAGCGAAACGCGCCGCAGCUGCCGCCGCUGCCGCUGCGAAGAAAGGCGUCGUUGCACAACCGGACGGGCACGUGGAAGGGGAAGGAGCGGAGAAAGUCACUGUCGGCCAAAGCACCUAG